AUGGUGGCGUUGAAGAAGGCUUAUGCUGAUAUAAUUCUGAAUACGGCGAAAGAAGCUGCUGCUCGUGUAAUGGGGUCGGAGAGAAAAUCUCUUCGCUUUCAGCAGGACCUACGCGCCACAAAAGAUGAGGCGAUUCGAAUGCUUCUUCGCUUGAAACAGAUGGUUGAUGCUAAG